AUGGAAAUACAAGAAAUUACAAUUGCCCGACCAAUCCCCCAGCAACAAAUUUAUUUUGAUAAUUUAAGUUCUAGUUCUUCAGUUGUUACUCCGUCUUCAUUAUCUUUUGAAAUGAACCGACAUAUUUUAACAGAACAAAGUAUUCAUUUUGGUUGUCCUCCUCCUGACUCUAAUCCAAUUCCAUUUGGUUCAGUUGACUUUUCUAAUUUCCACGCAGAUUUUACAUCACCGACUCAGAUUGAAUCAAAUGAUUUCUCUGAAGAAUUUUCAGAGGACAACAACACAUUUAAUUAUCGUCUCUAG